AUUUCAUUCCAAUUAAGAAUCAUAUCAAAAUCCUCCAAAACCCUCUCUAAUUCUCUUGUAGACAUGGCCUCCGAUGACACCAUCACCACCAUACGUUCAUCCAUCCAUGAUGAUGAUGAUGAUUUGGACGAUGAUAUUGAUGAUGACCACCACAACCAUCGUCACAACAUGUCUAGACUAUCCAUGUGUACCACCAACAUCAAACACUCCUUCUAUGAUGUUGAUGAUGAUGAUAAUGGAGUCCAUGAUAACGUGACGGUCCACAUGUCACAUCUGUCCAUCGACGACGACGGCUCGGAAGUCGAGGCUGACGGAGAGUUAUCGGACGAGAAGGACGGCAAGGAGGUGUCGAUCGAGUCCGUCGACGACUCCGAUAAAGAGACGGGCUGGCUUUCGCUCCCGGCGGCGCCUCGUCGGGCAAUUCGACGACGUGGGGGGGUCACGAAGAUGAACGUGGAGGCGACUAAGGAGUAUGCGAGCGAGAACGAGGCGAGGACUAGUCGAAGUAGAAGGAAGGAGUCGAGGAGAGUAAGAGAAAGAUGGUUAGAGAGAGCUUGGGGACUGAGAAGUAAACAAAAAGCAGCAAUCACUGAUGAAAUAGAUAACAAUCAAAGUGGAGAAAGCGAGUGUGUGGUAAUUGCACGGCCUAAAGGAGGAGAGAGAUGUUUGUGCAUGGACAUGGAUGAAGUGAAGGCAUGUAAGGAUCUUGGAUUUGAAUUGCAGCAUGAAUGGACAUUGGAGAUUCCUAGUAGAAUCUCCGGCUCGACGAUCGAUACCGAUAGUGGUGGGAAUUCUCCUAUGGCUAAUUGGAAGAUCUCUAGCCCUGGUGAUGACCCGAGGGAUGUAAAAGCUAGGCUCAAGGUAUGGGCGCAAGCAGUGGCACUCGCUUCCGCAACUCGCCUCACCUCGCCGGCUGACUGAUGACUUAAAUACACUUUCUAAACUCCCGCGUUAGAUUUUCGUGUGCGGGCUUUUCCUCAUUUUCUUCUCCACACUUUUGAGUGAUUUUUGAGAUUUGGGUGAAUGAGAAUUUCCACUGCCAUCUUCUCCCUGUAAAUAGUACUGAUGGAAGAUGAACAUGUGGAAAGAUGAGCGUCGACUACUACUACCAUACUAUGAAUGAGAAUUUCCACUGCCAUCUUCUCCCUGUAAAUAGUACUGAUGGAAGAUGAACAGGUGGAAAGAUGAGCAUCGACUGCUACUACCAUACUAUGACCAUGAAAAUUCCACAUGCAUACUCUUGUAUUGUGAUUGUUUUUGCAAUUUGUUGGAUCUCAUAUUGUCCUGAAAUAUCAUCGAGUAGUUACGUUA